AGAGUUUACCUGGCUAUUCGCACCUGCUCACAGGGCUCUAAUGGCGGGUAACGGACUCCCCGAUACCGACCACUCCCUAACUGACCUGCAGGCCAGGAAACAGGAAUAUAUAUUUGACUUGCUCUUUGACAUCAGCCAUGAUCGCAAUUUAUCAAGACAAGAUUUCAACAAGUUACAAAAAUUGAUGCUGGCGGUAAAGGGGUUAACUGGCAGAUGUCAACAGAGCAGAUCGAUCCAGAACCGACUGGCUGGCAUCUGGUCGGGGUUAAUAAAGAGUUCCAAGAACUACAGAAAGAAUCCCUUACAGCUACACCUCAGCGUUUUUGAGUGGUUGGUUUACUGGAGUGACGUCACCAAGGCGGCGAAGACAUGCGGUGAUUGGCCAACCAGCUCUGUGAGCGGGGAGGCGGACUACCAAUGGCAUCACGAGUUUAUUGACCUCAUGUUUGAAAUAUUUGACACGAACAAUGACAAUCACAUCGAUGAAGAAGAAUACUGUAAAUGUCUCAUUCACUUUGGUGUUCCAGAAACCUCAUGUCGUAAAGCAUUUAACACAUUAUCACUAGAGACGUCAAAACAAGGAAUCAAUCACCAGCAGUUCAAAGAUUUCUGGCUGGAAUUCAUUCUCAGUGACAAUGUGUCUGAUACCGGCAAUUAUUUGUUCGGCGACCCAUUUGUACCGAGAAGUGAAGAUGGAGCCACUACGUAAACGUGAAGUAGACGUCGCCAUUCAGGAGUUGAACCCAGGUGUUCACAAAACGAUUAUAAAACACUGAUGAUAGUUUAUAGUAUGCGAGACUCGGACAUUAGAAUGGUUUCGCAAACAUACCAUUACUUUUACGGAUAGUAACAGUACUAAUCGUUUAACUAGUUUUGCAGAUCGGCACGGUUAGUGGCUUAAAAAUGGCGGCAUUCUCACACGUGUUAUUUGUUUAUUAUUGUUUUUUAAAUUAUAUAUCAGGGGUCGCGUUAAGAUGCGUCCAUGCGUCCCUGAACGUAUGGAAAGCAGACUUGGACGCCUGCUCAUCACCACAAGUGAUAAGAAAUCCGUCCCAGUUUAUUUUCAAAGACGCAUUCCAGACGCAUGUUUAUUCCAUUAUUUCAUCAUCACCAUGUCGUAAGAGAUCUGGACGCAUGGAAUCAGAUAGCCAAGUCAAACAAUUCGUCACUCAUAAUCCCGCCAUGAUCUCCACUGUCGUUCCCACUAUAAACAUAUUGUACAAAAUUAAUGUAAAUCACUUUCUUCUCCCGAUCGUCUGGUGGUAUUGUGGGAAUGGCAAGACGGGUCUAUAUUUUGAAAGGUAUAGAGGACACUUCGAUUGAUUACGGUUUAUUCUUUCAGGCCGAAACGCCAUCGGAAAUCCUCGUGUGGUCAAUGUACGUCACAAUCAAUGGGGUUUCCGUAAGCAGACACGGGCUAUGUUACUAACACCGGAGCCGUGUUAACAGUCGACGUGUACUUUAUUAUAGUGGAAAGAUGAAAUGCCACACUAAGUUAAUUAUUGCGGCCACUAUAUCAGCAAACUACAUCAAUAUAUCACUAUGCGUCUGAACAUUGAUAUAGUUUAGGUAUAGUGUGGAUUUGGUUAUGUAUUUAAACCAUUAACACGACUAUCGAAAUUAAAGUCUAAAAAAAUGACGUAAAUUGACCACACUGAUAUUGGCAAUCGGAAAACCUCGUAACUUCUGUCGAAACCGAACCGAGUGUAGCUAUACAGUUUACUAACUUGUUUGAAUAUUCCUACAAGCGGAUAGAUUUUCCUUUACAAACAAAACAAUCUAAAUUAGAUAUGCAUCACUAAUUGUUUAUUUUGAUAACAAAUAACUAACCUAUAACAACAUAAUAUCAAUACGAUAACCAAUUUGGAAAUUGGACUUGCCCGAGAUCAGACAUAGAAACAAUCAUGGCCGCCCAAGUUGUUCGCUUCGAACGAUCUAAAACGCAAUUUUUAACAUCAUUAAAAAAAUAAAUAACAAACUCGUACAAGACGUGGAUGUUGUCCAUCCUGACUGAAGCUAUGGAAACGUGUUCUUAAGCUGUUAUUUCCUAUAAGAAAAAAAGGGACUCGUGGAUUUUCAGAAUGGACUCAUGGAAAUGAGCCAAUUCAGGAGCAAAUGAGUCCACUGGGAAAAGAAAUUGACUCCUGGGAAAAAAUCCUUAAUGCUACCCCUGUAGGCCUAUAUUAACCACGAAUUUUAUUAUCUGUUGCAGGCCUUUUAAUCGUAAAGAGCGAGAAGCAAACUGCUGUUACGUCUCCAGCUACACCGAAAGUGUGUCACGUUCCGUAAAAGUAACGGUUAGGUUGCGAAAUCUCUAUUAAAAACAAAAUGUAUACUGUCCAGUUUUAACUUCCGAAAUUCUUGUGUUCGUGAAUUUCCGCCUGUACCUUGUAUUUUCGUGACUUUUCGGAUGUAUUCGGAUGUAUUCGAAAAUUCAUAAGAAGCCAGAAAAAUACUUUUGGGCUCAUUGUUCAAUUUUCGAAGAAUUUCUUUCAGUGAAGAUGUUAAAGUAGGCCUACAAACAACAUUGUUUUUAAGUACUGACGGAAACUGUGAAAGUCAAUUUUAAUUUCAAAAACUAGAAGGUGUGUUUUCUAUGUUAAUCUUGUCGACGCAGUUCAUUAGAAAACGGAGUCAUUAAAGUCGCAAUCUCUUCUUCAGUACAGUGGCAUUUACAUGGCCAAACACACUGGGAAUUUCCUCUCACGCAAAAUGAAAUACAGUUUAUCUCGGUCAUAGACAGCACUCUCUGGCGAAGUCAGAGGUUGUGUGCCCACGACAGGCGUGCUUGGACAGUUCUCUGAUAUAACCAUCAAGUGGACAAUGGGUGUGCUAGAGGUGAGCUGUUUUGGCUUUCAGCACAGGCGCUCUAAACACGUGAUGUAUUUUAAAGGCAUAUUGCCACAGACCACUGACCGAUUAAAUGGCCUAACAAAGUAUAUGCAUUUGAAUAGUCUCUAAAUGUACUUUUUUUAGUAACCAUCCAUACAUCACUUAUUAAUGAUAUUUUUUAAAAACAUAAUUGAAUUAUGGCAAUGGUCCAUAAUUUAAAAACUAAUAUUACCAAGAGGGUUGACAUGGAUUUCACUCCAUCAUGGUUCAGUUAAAGUGAUUCAAUAGCCAGGUUUGGUUUCCAAACAUUGAUCUAAUUUUCAUUUAUUAUCCACUUUUGGAGAAACAAGGUCCUUAAAUCCGUGACAGUAUGCCUUUAAUAGUCGGUUAGUAAUUAUGUACUGUAGCAGACGGUUAGCAGCAAUACGUAACAAAAGUUGAUUUUGAUUGGAACAGCUGCUGUCAGAAUUCAUUGUUGACGAUAAGUGCUAAAGCCAACGCCUGUACAUUUGAAAAUGACGGCGGGCAAACGACGAAAUUAUUGAUUAGUAGUUGAGUAAUGGUAACCGAAACUAGAUACAUAAUCACAAUGUAUACAAUUAAAUGUCUUUAUUAUGAAGUCUGUCCCAUAGCGUAAUAUUCACUAGAAACUGUUUAUCUCGAACUAUUUCGAGAUAACUAUGUUUGUCAUUAUUUUCGUUUUUAUACUUUAAGGAAGGUGCUAUAAUCACAAUGUUUUAUUGAAUGUAUUAAAACACAUAUUAC